UGCGGAUACCAUACAAAUGAAUAAGAGCCGUAAACUGAUACCAACCUGUCGCAAAAUUGUCCGUGUGUUCUCUUACAGAACAGCAAUUUUAUCGUAGUAUACCUCACACAUAGUUCACUCCAAAAGGAAUGUUUACUGUAAACAUGUUGAAGAUUAAAGUACAGGCUGUCAAUUAACUAAUAGAUGAUAUGUUUCUUUAUAAAAGUAGUUUAUUCAGUAAACUAAAGCAUUUCUUCCAUUGGAAUCCAUUCAAAACGAACGGCCUCUGGUCUCAUUGUCAGUGUACCACCGAGUUACGCUUUGUUUUGCUAACAUUAAAGGAUCUUCCGUGGAAGAGGGGCUCUGUUUAACUUCGACACUCAACAGUGAAUGAGGAAGUACAGAAAUGACAAAACCAAUGUUCCAUUGUAACAUUUAGCCUACUAUGGAGAGAGAUACUGGAAUAAUUGCUUCAAUAAAAGCUCUUGGGUAUAAGAGCAGUGAGUGCUUGAGGAAAUGUACAUGUGAUGAAUUACCUUGUCCACUGCUUACCUGGUUGGUCUCAGAGAUAAGAGCAAGCUGCCCAUGUGUGCCAGCAUGGAGCAUUGGUGGUGCAGUUCUGGUGGGGGAGUUGAGGGAGGUGCUUAAGGAAAUGUCCUGUCCACAAAGUGCACUCAUAUCAGAGCACCUUAGCCCACUUCUGCUGUACAGGCUGACCGAGUACUUGGUGUCAGAGUUAAUGGCAGCACAUAUGCUGAUGUACAGAGAGAUUCAUCCAGAAGAUGCGGAACAGAAGUUGGAGUCAAAGGGCAAAGAGCAGAGAAAAUGGGAAAGUCUUACUCGGGACAGUAAGGAUGAGUAUCAAGAAGUCAGUCAAGCUGAGGUGGAUAAUUGGAAAGAAGUUACAAAGAAUCUGGCAGGACUGUUUCAUACUCUUGGUUUAGAAACAUCCUCUCAGCUAAGUGAUGCCUGUGCAGAGGUGGAGUCACGGCUUGCAUCCCUUCCAGAAGGUGUAGUGCUAGAGCCAUUACUAAAGACCAAUUUGAACUCGGAUCAGUGGAAAAAGAUUCAUGAAAUCGACAAAGCUCUUCGUAAGGAUUAUGAGUGUCGACGCCAAAUGAUGAUCAAGCGUUUCUAUGUCACACUACAGUCUUUUGCUUGGGGAGAUAGGGGACAGGAACGCAAUGCUGUGCUUUCUUCCAUGCCACACUUUUCACCCUCUCUUGAGUCCUCUAUCUCAAUCGCUAAGCUGUUGGCAGCCAGAGAAGAUCAGUCUCGCAUUUCGCCAGUUAAAGCGGGGCCUUCAACAGCUGUUCACAAGGUUCUAAUGGGCAGUGUGCCAGAUAGGGGGGGACGUCCAGGAGAGAUUGAGCCACCAAUGCCCAGCUUCGCCAGUCGCAGGGAGGGAGAAGGCAGUCAGUACAAAAAGAAAAAACGAGAAUACUCAGGAAAAAAGAAAAAUAAACUGAAUUAGAGAUUUGUUUUUUUAAGUGCUAGUUUUGUAGCGGGAAGUAACAUCCCAGCUACAAAGAACUUUCAUUUAUAAAAUAGAGUUCAAUGACAAUUAUGUUUAAGGAGGCCAUAUCCCCAGCAAAAACAAAAAUAAAAAUGAUAAAAUAGACACUAAUGGUCAUAGACUAUGGUCAUUGAUAAAAAAAAAAAUAUUAUUAUUUAACAUUUAUUAUUAUACAUGCUUAAUUUACAAUUUAAUUUGAUGAACAACAAAUUUAAUAAAUUCAUUUCAGUGAAAUGUAUGAAUAUGAAUGGCAAAGCCAAGAGCUAUGGUUUACUUGAACAAAAAAUAUUCUUUAAACUUUUUUUUUUCUUCAAAAAACACAUUUGGUAAAGGAAUAGUUCACCCAAAAAUGACAUUUCUGUCAUCACUUACCCUCAUGUUCUUCCAAACCUGAAUGAUUUUCUUUCUUACGCAAAGGAAUUUCUGUCCUGGUCCCUCACUACAGUGGCAGUGAAUAGUCUGCUUUCAAGCUUCAGAAAGGAAGCAGAAGUAUCAUAAAAGUAGUCUAUUGGACUUGUAUGUCAUAUUCCAAGCCUUUUGAAGGUAUACAAUAGGUUUUGGUGAAAAACAGCCCAAAAUAUAAGUCAUUAUUAAGUGAACAUUUUGAUGUCUGUUAAGCAAAAACACCAUAACAUACUUAGCAUGCAUCAUAGCAUAGCAUUGUAUAUAAAGAACUUACAGUAUCAGUUACAUUUAAAAUAAACAUUCAUUUAGACUUAAUAUCACCUCUGCAUGUUGUGACAUCUUACACAUUUUGAAAGAUUCUUUCGUUUUCACAUCAUCUUGUGUGGUUAUUUUCAAUGGGCAUUCUUUGUAGAAGCAUUCAGUGUAAUGUGUGUAGGCAGUGUAAAGGUAAUCUAUACGAUUCGAAAGAAAGUAAUAUGAGUUUGAGAUGGCAUAAGCAUGAGUAAAUGAUGAAAGAAUUAUAAUUUUAAAUGUUAUCAUCAUACCGUCAUCAAAAGUUAAAUGUCGAAAAUGCAUUAUUUUAUUAAUGACUGUAUAUACACUCCAAAAAAUUAUGAUUUAAAGCUCUGAGUAUUUUAAAUUUAUAACCAAAAAUCUUUAACAACAUUUUUAAAAAACUAAUUUUUUUUUCAUUUAAUUGUGUUAAUUAUAAAAUGCAGUUUUUUUUUUUUUUUGCUGGAAAUUAAAAAACAUAAAUCUUAUAAAAAGGGUAAUGUGUAUGUAAAUAUACAUACAGUGUAUAUAUACUUGUGUGUGUGUGUGUGUGUGUAUAUAUAUAUAUAUAUAUAUAUAUAUAUAUAUAUAUAUAUAUAUAUAUAUAUAAAAUAUACAUACAUAUAUAUAUAUACACACACACAAGUAUAUAAACAAUUUAAAAAAAAAAAUGUUUGUGAGACUCAUAAACAAUGGAAAAAAUAAAUACAAAUUUAAAACCGACCAAUGCUGUGAAAGAUUGUUUCUCUGAAAGACUGGCUGGGAAUGUAACUGACACUGUGUCUAUAAAAAUAAAACAAGCACAAUAAUUAAAGUCUAAAAA